UUCAUUUCUAGCCUACCGAACCUGCUUGCUUGAGACAAAGGAUUUGGGACUUGGACGCAGGAGACGACGGGGGCCGAGCCGAGGAGGAGCCCGGGCGAUGGGCGCGCCGAAGCAGAAGUGGACGUCGGAGGAGGAGGAGGCGCUGCGGCGCGGCGUGCUCAAGCACGGCGCCGGCAAGUGGCGCACCAUCCAGAAGGACCCCGAGUUCAGCCCAGUUCUAUCCUCCCGCUCCAACAUCGACCUCAAGGACAAAUGGAGGAAUCUGAGUUUCAGUGCAAGUGGACUGGGUUCAAGGGAUAAAAUAAGGGUUCCAAAGAUAACUGGACCCUCAUCUUCCUCAUCGCCUAGCUCACAAGCUCUGCUUUUCCCAACGCCAAAUAAAGUUGCUGAAGCUUCACCACCUGUAGAUGCUGAAAAAAGGCCGCAGGAUGGAAAGACUCCUCCAAAGUACGGUGCCAUGAUCCUGGAAGCUCUUUCCGAAUUGAAUGAGCCAAAUGGUUCAGAGAUUAAUGCGAUUUACAUCUUCAUAGAGCAAAGGCAUGAGGUGCAACCAAAUUUUAGAAGAUUGCUUAGUUCAAAGUUACGGCGGCUUAUAGAAUCAAAAAAAGUUGAAAAGGUCGAUAAGUUCUAUAGGCUCACAGAUUCCUUUGCAACAAAAACUCCGGGUCCAAUAAAAGCUUCAACUCUAAAGCAGAAGGAUCCAUCGAAGCCAUCAAAGGCAUCAAAGAAUCUAGGGGUGUUUGCCACUGUUAGUCCCGCACUUGAGGCAGCAGCCGCAGCAGCUGUCAAAGUAGCUGAUGCUGAGGCCAAAGCACACCUUGCACAUGAGCAUAUGAUGGAGGCUGAAAGGAUCCUCAAGAUAGCUGAAGAGACGGAGUCUCUCCUUACGCUUGCAGCAGAGAUCUAUGAACGAUGUUCAAGUGGAGAGAUUACCACAGUAAAUCAAGUGUCACAAAGGGACGUAAAUCCGUACGUUUUCUUUUCAAUAUCACUCAAAUCAUCACCAAAUCCAAAUAAAAAAAUAUUAACGCAUCUUUGUCGCUGGGGCUUUACUACGCUCACGACGAGCGAGCUGCGAGCCCACAAAGAGAUCCCACCCCUCGCAUUCCUUUCCCCCGCGUCGUCGCCUCCUCUUCUACCCCAAAUCCACCAAACCCUACCGCCGAUCCGGGCCCAGAUCGCCAUGGCCGCGCCCAACAGCAACGACGCCCCCAACAGCAACGCCAGCGCCAGCGCCAGCGGCGCCGCCGGCGAGGAGGACACCUCGAUCGAGGCGCUGGCGCGGCGCGUGCAGGAGCACAUGACCCUCGCCUCCAACCCCACCGCCCGCCGCCACAAGUUCUGGGAGACGCAGCCCGUCGGCCAGUUCCGCGACGCCGUCGACGCGUCGCUCCCUGAUGGCCCCAUCGAGCCGCCCACGCCGCUCUCCGAGGUGCGCGCCGACACUUACCCUCUCCCGGGCGCCUUCGAGUGGCUCACAUGCGACCUCGACGACGACGCGUUCCUCGCCGACCUCUACUCGCUGCUCGCCCACAACUACGUCGAGGACGACGAGAACAUGUUCCGCUUCAACUACUCCCCCGCCUUCCUCCGCUGGGCGCUCAAGCCCCCGUCCUUCUUCCGCGCCUGGCACAUCGGCGUCCGCGCCAAGGAGUCCAAGAAGCUCGUCGCCUUCAUCUCGGGCGUCCCCGCGCGCAUCCGCGCCCACGACGACGUCGUCCGCAUGGCCGAGAUCAACUUCCUCUGCGUCCACAAGAAGCUCCGAUCCAAGCGGCUCGCGCCCGUGCUCAUCCGCGAGGUCACCCGUCGCGUCCACCAGGAGAACAUCUGGCAGGCUGCCUACACCGCGGGGGUCGUCCUCCCGACUCCCAUCACCACUUGCCGCUAUUGGCACAGAUCCCUCAACCCCAAGAAGCUCAUCGACGUCGGGUUUUCUCGUCUCGGCCCGCGCAUGACCAUGAGCCGCACAAUACGGCUCUACAAGCUGCCUGACGCGCCGCUCACCCCUGGGUUCCGCCGUAUGGAGCUUCGGGAUGUCGCUGCUGUCACACGGCUGCUGAAGGCCUACCUUGCGAGGUUCGUGGUGGCGCCGGAUUUCGAUGAGGUGGAUGUGGAGCACUGGCUGCUGCCCCGGGAGGAUGUGGUGGACAGCUACCUUGUGGAGAGCCCUGAGACGCAUGAGGUCACAGAUUUCUGCAGCUUUUACACGCUGCCCUCAUCGGUGCUGAACAAUGCCAACUAUGCGACACUCAAGGCUGCAUACUCGUAUUACAAUGUUUCCACCAAAACUCCACUGCAGCAGCUGAUGAAUGACGCACUGAUUGUUGCCAAGCAGAAGAACUAUGAUGUGUUCAAUGCUCUCGAUGUCAUGGAGAACGAGUCAUUCCUCAAGGAGCUCAAGUUUGGUCCUGGGGAUGGGCAGCUCCACUAUUACCUCUACAACUACCGUAUCCGCGGUGGCAUCAAGCCAUCAGAGCUUGGCCUUGUGCUGCUAUAGGGCAGUCUAAUCAGCAGUACUUGGGUUACACCCUUUCUUCCACAGCAGGUUGCUCACUGUGCAAUCCAGUGGUUUCUCAUUUUGUUUAUUGUGCUAGUGAUUCUCCUUGAUAUGAUUGCUAUGGCCAUUGAUGGGAGUCCAAGAUGAUUUGCAGACGAGGAGACUGGAAUUAGUUUUGUUAAUUUUAAGACUAUUGUUUCCAAUUAGUGACAUUUUGUGUGCGUGGUUCAAAACGUGUAUGUUGGCACUGAGUUUACCAAGAAAUUUUGAAAGAACUUGUGUUAUGUGGAGUCAUUUGUGUGCUGUUGUGUUAUGGUGGUACGGAUGUUUUGAUUCUAGAACAUUUUCCACUGCUCA